GAAAAAUUGUUCUCGUUGCGGUUGUAGACCCUAGUAGACCACAUAGGAGGACUUGUCGUGUCUGUCACAGGACUACUUGACACUAGCAAGUAGAAUGUGCUUCUCGCGUUUUUCUUUGAUAUAUCGUCGACGACGCUGAGAAAAAAAAAAAAAUAAACCUGAGAAGAUUGAGAUUCUGAAGGAAAGAUAUACUUGCAAAAGCACAUGCGAGAGACGAAAACGAUGAGCAGACCGACUAAGAAAGAACUCUCCGACAAGGAUAAUACAUAGCGUGCGCAAAUGGAUGAAUGUGGUGCAACAUCGCUGUUAAUAUGAAACCAAAAGCACCUUCUCGAUUGUCGUUUCCCCAUCUUCAAACUAGCACGGAUAGUACGUACUAGUGCCUGUUUUGCACCAUGGCAGUAUUGCUCCGUUUUUCGUUGUCGUUUAGUGUUUUCGUGGCUGUUGCAUCUUCGUCAGCUUUUGUCUCUUAAUGUUCCACAACUCGGCAGGUCCUCCCAAGAAGUCGCUUGGAGAAAUAGAGUACUUAGAAUUUCUUGCAAUAAUUGUUGGUGUUUUGAACUUCAUAAGGUCGUGGCUCUGGUUUUUAUUCUUUGAAUUAUUUAUUACUUUUCCCCUUCUGACCAAGAUAAAGAUUUGAAUUUGAUCGACGAUGAUGCACAACGAAUCUCCCGCCCCUUCUGAUCGCCGAAGAUGAGCCACAACGAAGAUCUUUGGACCUCAAGAAAAAUCGAGGACAGCAAGGACUCAGACCACAUGCUGGGCACCACGAUGAUAUCAAACGGAAAAAUCCCCCCUCCCCACAUCGAAAUGGAAAUCUGUGAUGCAGGAUUUGAGGUACCAAAUCGACUUGUCAUGCUAGAAGGCCAAGAGCCGCAGUCGUGGUCUCGUCUGCAGGCAAUUUGUCAUGCUGUUUCCCACUCUCAGCUGCCUCCUAUCAUGCUGAAGAUGCAAGGCUCCCCCACGCCACCCAGCACUACAGUCCGCAUCUUUUCCCGUGUAGCAUGACAUAGCUGAUUUGUGACCACAAAUCUGCAUCACAGAUUUCCGCUUUGAUAUGGGGAGGGGGGAUUUUUCUUCUUGAUAGAUGAACUUCAGCUACACGCGAGACCAGAUGCUGCACCUUCGUCUAUCAAAUGUCAAAAUGUCUGGGUCUCGGUCUGGGAGGAUGCAACUUGUCAUGCUUGUCUGGCAUGACUCGAGAAUCUGUGUUGCAUAGGCACGAAAAGGCCCUCUUACCUGUCACGCAAAAACGCAGUUUGCCAUGCGGAAUGCGUAAGACACGGGGGCCAAAAAAUUUGUCAUGCAUAGCUGCGUAUUGCAGUCCGUCUACCAUUCACUUUUAGCAUCACAAGUUUCCAGACCCAGACAUUUUUGCAUUCGAUAUCGUCCUUCGUCUGACAACAUGAUCUUGGGCGAACGAACGCUCACGACCGUGGAGAGACCGCCGACCCCGGAAGGCUUCGGAUCUCGGAAGAAGGCGAAGCAAGAAAGGAAAAGAUUGCUAGCGCAGCAGCAAGAGGAGCUGGCAGCCAGUACUACCGCAGCAGCUGAGACCGCUGUCGAGAAGAUGUAUUUUUACACGAGAGACCAGAUGCUGCACCUUCGUUCCUCGUACGAAGACUUGGGCGAACGAACGCUGACGACCUGGGAGAGACCGCCGCCCCCAGUAGGCUUCGGAAGUCGGAAGAAGGCGAACCAAGAAAGACAAAGAUUGCUAGCGCUGCAGGAGCAGGAGAUCCUGGCAGCAGCUCUGACGGCAGCUAGUAGAAGUACGACCGCUGUAGUCGAGAAGACGGAUUACACGAACGUAUUGUCAAGCCCGCCCCCUCCUUCUGCUGGACACAAGCAUCAUCUACUUCCACCGCCGCCGCUGCCUUCCGUCCUUCCGCCGCCUGCAAGAAGUUCUCUCCAGCCGCCUUAUCACGAUAGCCACCAGCGGUACACGUACAACUCCGGUAGUAGAUCCAGGUCGGCGUUUUUGGAGGAUCAACCGCCGACGUUGCCGCAGUACAACUGGGAGCAUCAACAACAUCAGCUGCACCAGCCACCGACGUUGCCGCAGUGGUUCUUGCAGCAGCAACAACCGCUGCACCAAAGUUACUUCGCAAGAAGAACAUGAUUGAUUCCACCCUGUCUUAGAACGGCGCUCUGAGCAGUGUAUAACUUCUUAGCUUUCCCGCCUCUACUCCGCGGUGUAGUUUAUUGUUUUUGCCUAUGAAGUAGAUUUGUUUCUGCAUCUGCUCUCCACCAGGAAGUACACCGGAUAGUUUGAUGCGCUUACUUUUUGGAAGAAAAAAGCCCGGAGCUGAAAGCAGAAUUGGCCCCAUUUGCUUUCUAGCUUGUUGAAGGUGAAGAUCUACUUUGACUUUCCGCAUAACACUCGAUCUCGACCAGGAAAGCAUUGUUUAUUCGGUGAAAUAAGCAACAAACCGUACUACAGGUACAACAGCGUUCUCUAUAGAGUUGUUGUGCUGGUUUUGAUUCUUCAAAUGCAGUUUGUGCAAAUCCAAGUACUCAAGGAAGAUUUUGAUUUUGUUGGCAACUACUAGCGCAGACGAGGAAAGAAU